UUUUCACAAUCCAAUGGAUUCCGAUAUUCAGCUAAGUUGCCGAUACAGUUUACAUAAUAAUGAAUAAAUACAAGGAUUUUGUCCUUAUCCAAAAUGCAAUAAUUUUCGCCUAUUCUGUAUUAAUUGCUUACUUUAAUAUCAUUGUGAUCAUGCAAUGGAAUGCAAAAAUCUAAAAGAGUUUCCUCAAUGGUCUGAAUAAUUCAAUAAUUUGAAUUUAGAAAAUACCAAAAAAUUAGAAUCAAUUCUUGAAAUAUUUCCUGUGCUUAAAUCGUUUAAAGAAUGGUACGAAGCAUAAUAUUACCCUGUAAUUUACAAUUAAUCAAGUGUAAACACUUAACAAUUUGAGUAGAAAAUAAAUAACAUGAUCAACAUCCAAUAAAUAACAACUAUUAUUGAUUAAUCUAUUAAGCCCUAAAUUGAAAAAUUAAAAAUAUACUUAGAAUACAUUAUGAAUUAAACAGGGAAAAUUAACAAUUUAGGUAUUUAGUAUGAUAAGUUAAAGUUUCUUUUGAUGAAUUUAUUUAGAGCAGACUUUAGACAACAGGUGGCUUAAAUAAUAGAGCUUAAAAAAAUUUCGAAGAAGGUUUUUAAUAAAUCAUUAAUUUUCAGCUAAUUCUCUUUAUUGGGCAGGAAGGUACGAAGAUUGUAUUUAAAAAUGCAAUGCCUUUUAAAAGUUUCAUAUAACAGAUAUUCGAUUUUCUUUAAUGAAAGGUAAAAUUUUUGAUCAGCUUUAAGGAGACAGCUAUUUAGAACUUAAGAAGUUUGAAGAUGCAAUUGAAAAUUAUAUGAUCGCUAUAGACAUGGAUGAAAAUAAUUAUUAUGCUAUAGGAAAGAUUGGUAUAUUUUAUUUUUAUGUUUAGGUGAUAUCAAUCUAAAUACAGGAAAAUUAGAAGAAGCAUUAAAAUGUUAUGAUUAAUGCACUAGAAUUAAUGAUAAAUCGCAAGAAUAUUAUUUCAAAAAAGGUUUUUUUUUCAAUAUUUUAGCAAAAAUCUAUCAAAAAUUAAAAUAGCUUCAGCAAAGCUUAGAAUGUGUAGACCACGUUUUGCUCUUAAAUUCCUCUCACAUAGAGGCUCUCUAAAUGAAAGGUACAAAAUUCAUAUUAAAUUAGCCGUUCUCUUAUAAUUGAUAUCUAAUAAAUCAGGUGGAAUUCAAGAGUUUCAAUAGAAUUUGUAAGCUACUGGAGCCAAUAUGAGAUAAAUCUUAUAACACUAAUGUAACGAUUAAUCAUGAUUAUUUAGUACGCUUAAGAGGUCAGUUUUAGAAUCAAACACUUUUAGGGCAAAUUUUAUCAGAAGAUGAGGCUAAUAAGUAAUUUUAAAGAGGUUCAAUAAUAAUAAUCAUUUAGCAUUUAAUCAGCUUGAAAAAAAUCCAUCAAUAACUUUAUAAAUUUGCCGUGAAAUUCUUGAAAAAGACAAAACAAAUUUUUAAUUUGUAAUUUUAAGCGGUAUAGAAUAGGUCUAAUAUAGCCUAUGCAAUGAAAAAUCUUGGAAAAUAUUAAGAGGCUUUGCAUCUUUGUGAAUUCCUGAAUAAAUUAGAUCCAAAUAAUUAAGAAAUAGAGGAUUUGUAGUAAAUUAUUUAUGGAUUGAUUUAAUGA